CCGCUCCCCGCCACCUCUCCGGCCUCGCGGCGCCCCGGCCGGCCGCGCUCCUCCUCUCCCCCGGCCCGCUUCGCCAUCCCGCUCCCUUCAGUCGGGCCCAUCGCUCCCCUCCGAGCCCAGCCCGGGCCCCCCCUCGGCCAAGCCCGCUGCUCCCCUCAGCCCCGCCGCUACCCGGGGCCCCCUCGGCCGAGCCAUGUCGCUGCACGGGAAGCGGAAGGAGAUCUACAAAUAUGAGGCGCCCUGGACCGUGUACGCCAUGAACUGGAGCGUCCGGCCGGACAAGCGGUUCCGUCUGGCGUUGGGCAGCUUCGUGGAGGAGUAUAACAACAAGGUGCAGCUUGUUGGUUUGGAUGAAGAGAGCUCAGAAUUCAUUUGCAGGAACACCUUUGAUCACCCCUACCCUACCACAAAGCUUAUGUGGAUCCCAGACACCAAGGGAGUAUAUCCAGACCUGUUGGCAACCAGUGGUGACUAUCUACGAGUGUGGAGAGUGGGUGAAACAGAGACCCGGCUGGAGUGUUUGCUGAACAAUAACAAGAACUCUGAUUUCUGUGCUCCGCUAACAUCAUUUGACUGGAAUGAAGUGGAUCCUUACCUUCUAGGUACCUCUAGUAUUGACACGACCUGCACUAUUUGGGGUCUGGAGACUGGACAGGUUCUGGGAAGAGUAAAUCUGGUCUCUGGCCACGUGAAGACCCAGCUUAUUGCGCAUGACAAAGAGGUGUAUGACAUAGCGUUUAGCCGUGCAGGUGGUGGGAGAGAUAUGUUCGCUUCAGUUGGUGCAGAUGGCUCAGUGAGGAUGUUUGAUCUCCGUCAUCUGGAACACAGCACCAUAAUUUAUGAGGACCCACAGCAUCAUCCAUUGCUGCGUCUCUGCUGGAAUAAGCAGGAUCCCAACUAUCUUGCUACAAUGGCCAUGGACGGCAUGGAGGUUGUGAUUCUAGAUGUCAGAGUUCCCUGCACUCCUGUUGCCAGGUUAAACAACCACAGAGCGUGUGUAAAUGGAAUUGCUUGGGCACCUCAUUCUUCCUGCCACAUUUGUACAGCAGCGGAUGACCAUCAGGCUCUCAUCUGGGAUAUCCAGCAAAUGCCUCGUGCCAUUGAGGACCCUAUCUUGGCCUAUACAGCAGAGGGAGAAAUCAACAAUGUACAGUGGGCAUCAACUCAGCCAGACUGGAUAGCUAUCUGCUACAACAACUGCCUGGAGAUUUUGAGAGUGUAACAUUCCUGCUUCAUGCCACAUUGAGGCAGGGCUGUAUAAUUUCCCCUCCCAUCUAAAGUAAGAACAACACAAAUCAAGUGGCCAGUAUCUGUUGUUGCUUUGCAUCUACUGUUACAAGAAACUGUUACAAGAAUCAAUGGCAGGUGUCUCCUGUCUCUCCAAGACUCUAAAAUGCAGAGACAUGCUGAGCCUCUUGGACCUUCUGGGUUCUGGUUUCUUUCCUUCCCCCUGCCCCCCCCCAGUUAAAGUUCUGUAUAUUUGUUUGUUGACUGUAUUAAUAAGCUUGCGGACUUUUAAGUUGCUGCAUAUGUCCAUGUAUUUGUCAGCCAGCUGAGGCAGCACAUCAACUAGUUUAAUAGAAGCAGAUGCAAAACAAGGUGGGGAAAAAGACAUUGAUGUUAACAGCCACCUUGGCAGGAAUCUUUAUCAUUCCUGUUGUUGCUGCCUCUAAACUGUUUAAACAUUUGUAUGUUUUUUAUAUAUUGGGCUAACUUUCUAUUGAGUAAGGUUUUUCUCCCUAAUUCUUACUUUUGAUAUGUGAUCCACUUCCAUAUGCCCAAAGCAGGAUCUAUUCAUUGAUACAAAUCACAAUAACACUGCAGGCUCCCUGGCAGUAAAGGCCUGCCAGAAUUAACUGUUGCCUUGGCUCUCUAUACCUGGUUACCCGGGCAGAAUUUUCUGGUGCUGUGAAGUACAAGUACUUGUUGCACAAUUUCUUUACACUUUUCUCAUGCUAGAGGCAGUUGUUACUAUGGUAGGCCUUAUUUUUAAAUUAUAUCUGAAUUUGUGUAUAUCCUGCAGUUGUGUUAGCUAACAGAACGGUAAUAGAUUUCAGAAAGAAGAUAUGUGCAUGACUUAAGCUCCCAGGAGGUAAAUGACUCCUGAAAAAAUGUGAUUUGUAACGGACUUGGGAUUGACACUUCCAAUCAAAUGAUUUCCCCUCAGAAGACUUACUAUCUAAACCAAAAUAAAAUGGUUUCACACUUUGUAGCUUGCUUGAUUGGCAAAUAAUAUGAGCCAGAUUUUUGUGGUUAGCCUGUACCUUGGAGCUUCUUUGCGUUUGGCCUGUCUUCGUGGGAGUUCUUGAAAGGAGUGCAAAGCAAUCUUUUUUCCCCGAAGUGUAUUUGCUUUAUACUGUCAGGUCUUGUUGAAUGAGCGAGAUGAGUUGGAAAGGCUGGUCCGCUAUCCAAAUGAAAGCUGUUUCUCUGAAAGAAAUUAUUCCCUAAUGUAAUGCACAGCGAUGGGUUUAAAAGGAAAGAAACUGUGCCAUAGAGGCUAAGGUUUGGCACUUGUCAUCCUCGUAUCUUUUGAGGAUGUGCCCAAGGGCUUCUGUGUCUGUUUUGAAUAGUAGAUCACUCUACAGUAAUACUUUUCAAUCAAAGCUGAGUGGAUUAGGCAAGAUAAAAAUCUUCGUUGAUAACAUAGCUACUCGGAUGAGCGCUCUGCAGUGCUCUCCCAAUGAAGACGUGACAACCAUAGCUGGUCUGUAAGGGUAUACCAGCUGAGUUUUGAUGUAAAUGUCAGAAACUAUCAAAAUUGUCUUUCCACCUAAUGAGUAUUCACCUGCAACUGGAGGCAGCAUUAUAAAUAGUAGGACACUGGCAAACUUGAAUCUUGUCAGUUUAUGCAGGAAAGGCAAGUUGGGAGAAGCAAUUGCUGUGAAACAGUGAAGCUGACACUGAAAGCGCUGUCAAAUACAGAACAGAAUUUGAAAAGUUUUGUCAUUCUGGACAUACAGAAAUACUCUUUUCCAGGCUGCUUCUCAACAUGGAGCUCAGAAAAGCACUGCCUUGUGAAUUUGAUAGGAAUUCAUUAGGGACAGCUUUAUUCCAUCACCCCUUUUAGUAUCAGAGAACCAAGAGGCUCUAACACAGUUCAAGCUCAUGUUUUGUCAAUGACAUUCUGUGUUCAAUUGUGGGAUUUUUGAUAGAAAACUUGAUUGGACUUGAAGGUCAGUUUUUCUUAUUAGCAGCAGUGCUGCAAGUAGUGUGUUCCACAGACAGGUCUGAGCUAGAUGUCAGAACAGUGUUAGCCAGACAAUUAGGUUAUCACUUUUUACAAUAGCACUUCAUCUUAAACUGGAAAAUACUUAUGCAGAAUGAAGUGAAAAUUAGGAUUUUCUUAGCAGAAGCAUAUAAUGGCAUUCACAGCUUUAGAUACUCAUAUAAAAAUAUGUACACAGGCUUGUCAUGUACUGUUUAAUUACAAACAGUAGGCACAAUAUGCUGUGUUACUAAGUGGGAACUACCUGUAAUAUUAGUACUUUCUGUAGUCCCCUUUAUGCUUCAAAGUCUCAUUCUUGCAUAGAUGGCAUGAGUAAAAGAUGAGUGCAUCUGUUGCUUAGCUUGAAAAUGCAUCUUUUGCAACUGUAGAAUUGUGCUUUAAAAAAGACGUAAGAUAAUUUAGUUGAAAGUGAAGUCACUAAAAGACUCCAUGGGCUAUACUAAAUGGCAAAUGCAGCGUAUUCCUAGAGGAAUACAAUCUAUUACACUAAGAUGAUGAGAAGAGAGCAUGUAUAAAGGGGCUAAUAGUCUGAAUAGCCAGGUAGCUUUUGCUACUGUUGGAAAACAAUCCUGUUAGAACUUGAAGAGGAUCCAGUGUCAGUCCUUGCAUCCAUAAAACUGCUUGAAGUUCAUUUGUGGAAUUGGGUGCUCAUUCCAAACUCAUCAAAGGCAAGUGAAGGAAUCUUGCAGGCUCCAGUGGAUUCUAAAUAAAGCCUAUGUCCUGUUUGUUUAGCCAUUUGGGGUACCUUCUGGAUCUACAGCAUAUUGCUUUGGGCAUAAUCCAUUGUCAUUCUUCAUAUGAAAUUACGUUUGAAAUCACUAGAGGCUGUUUUGGAACAGGGAAAUGCUACUUAAAAUAGCUUCUUUUCAAAGAAGUCACUUUAAAGGUUAAUGACUGAAAAGACAUGAAAAUCCUCAUGGGUGAGAUGUUCUGUAGUGCAAAUGGCACUUCCAUAUAGAGAAGGAAGUGAGAGACUUUGGUGCCCUUUGCCAGCACCUGCUGACACAGUGGCAGGGAGCUAACGGUUUACUUGCUGGUUCAAGUUUAUUUGCAAGGUAAAAUAAAACCCUGAGGCUUGUCACUGUAGCCUGUGAAUCAGAAGAUACAAUUUAUCAUAUUUUACCUGCUUAACAUUCAAUUAUGUUGAGUGUAAAACCCCCAUAAGCAUUAUUUUUU